CAGGCUCUUUGCUGCUGCUGGGCGACACGCCUUCCUUCCCCUGAGCAGCAGAGCACAAAACAAGCCCCCGUUCCAGCCUUGGGCCAGGCCAGCUGCAGUGGGGAGCAGAGAGCAAGGCGCGGGAAGAAGAGCCUGACUCCAGAGGGGACCAAAGCAGCAGCAUUAGCCAGGAUGCCAAAUUGGGGCGGAGGAAAGAAAUGUGGUGUAUGCCAGAAAACGGUGUACUUUGCUGAGGAGGUGCAGUGUGAAGGCAACAGUUUCCACAAAUCAUGCUUCUUGUGCAUGGUUUGUAAAAAGAACUUGGACAGCACCACAGUGGCAGUGCAUGGAGAAGAGAUCUACUGCAAAUCAUGCUAUGGGAAAAAGUAUGGACCCAAAGGCUAUGGCUUUGGACAGGGAGCUGGGACUUUGAGUAUGGACAAAGGAGAAGGACUGGGGAUCAAACAUGAAGGGCCUCAGCCCCAUCAGCCCACCAAUAACCCCAAUGCUUCCAAGAUGGCGCAGAAGGUGGGAGGUGCUGAUGGUUGUCCCCGCUGUGGGCAGGCUGUGUAUGCUGCUGAGAAGGUGGUUGGAGCUGGAAAGUCAUGGCACAAAUCCUGUUUCCGAUGUGCAAAGUGUGGCAAAGGCCUAGAGUCCACUACUUUGGCAGAUAAGGAUGGUGAAAUCUACUGUAAAGGCUGCUACGCCAAGAACUUUGGACCCAAGGGCUUUGGCUUUGGGCAAGGAGCUGGAGCACUGGUCCAUUCCCAGUGAAGCAUUCUUUGAGGUCUCCUUUCCAACAUUCAGUGCCAAUUUUGAGCUCAUCCAGCUGAUCCUCAUAAAGAAAAAGACCACUUCACCAAUUCUUGUAAAAGUAUUAAUAAUACAGUAACAAAUCUGAUGCUUGCUGGUGUAUCGCUUGCUAGCUGGGCAGCCAACCAUGGCCCUAUUCUAGAGGUCCAUAAAGACACUAAAAAUCCCAUGUAUUUGCUAUGGAUAACAUGCCAAGGCUCACAUUAACAUAAUGGCCUCUAUUAAUACACACAUGCUUUCAGCCAUAAUUGAAACUACAGCAGAGACCAUACUCAUCUCUGUAUACACUGAAACACUAUUUUCUCCAGCACUUCUACCCUGAAUCUGCUAAGUUAUUUUUAUGAAAAUAGGUCAUACAUUGUGAUAUAAAAUCUUACCAACAAAUGGUGUACAAAAUAGCAAAGUGAUUGUGAAUUGAUUACAAGUACAAAGAGAUGGAAUCUACUGAGACAUACAGGCUGUAAAGAGGAAGGAGAAGGAAUCUGUAUGCAUGUACAGUGUGUAAAUAAAUCACAUUCCUAGUUUUUAAAAGGGAUUAUGGACCAAUGUCUUAGUUCACCUAAAUUCAAACAGAUUUUUCAUUAUCAGUAGAAUUGCUCGUACUUUAAUAUAUUCAGCACUGACCACUGAUUCAGGCAUCUUUUCAUAUAUUUACAUAUAAUUGCAUUGUAUACAUAUAAGCUUUCAGAGGUUGAUACAUAGCUGGGUGAUCCAGUGUUACUGGUCAGCACUUCUAUCGUUCCUAAAAGAUGCAACAAUUUUCCUUGACUCCAUCUUUCAUUAAUUUUGGUAUGUACAGCAACAGAGGCGAGUGAAAGCAGAAGGUCUGAAAGUCCAGCGUGCUGCUACAGCUUCUUGUCAACCCACUCAGUAUCAGUUCCCUAUUGAAUAAAGAAAGAAUUGGAUGAGAUUCUUUUAGCUUCUUAGUCUUUCUCCCCCUUAGAUGUUUUAAUACAGUAUAAGAAAUUCCAGAGAAGUCCUAUUUCUACCAGAGAGAGCCAAACCUUUUUCCAAACCAAGCAUUCAAACAGGAUCCACCAUAUUUAGAGCACUUCAAGCAGGUUCUUAAUGGAGGAGCGGUAAAAUAUGGCCAUCCAUGUGUUGUUAGACUGUUAAGUGCUAGGAGCCCUUAACAAGAUAGCUAAUAGUAAUGAAUGAUAGGAACUGCAUCUUAACAACAUAGGGAGGGCCAGAUGAUUCUGUAUUUAUGUAAAGAAGCCAGUGUACCAUUUGUAAACUGGAUUUGAAUCCUUCUCUUAAACCACUGAAGUGGUAAGUUUCAUAGACAUCCAAACACAGAAAAUAAAGUUGACACUCUUACUUGCUUUUGUGAAGCUAAGAGUUCCAAUUAUGAGUUUUCAGUGGGUUUUGAGCAUUUUAACUGGGAAAUUAGAGUUUAUAUUUACCAGUUUAAUAGGAUCAAUCUUACACCAAUAUAGCUAAAUGUCCACAACCCUUCCUUUAGGAUACAGCCUGAGCAAUGUUUUAGUCUUGUUUGUAGGUGAUUAGAAUGAAAUUACAUUAAAUUUUCUUGCUCUAUACAAACCUGUUAAUGAGCAUGUGAGAAAGUGUAGUAGUAACAUUUUUACAGUUUUAUUACAUAGAAGAGCUGUGUUCAUAGAAAUUUUCUAUGCAUUAAUAAAGCAGUCCAAAGGAA